AGGUCGCCGCGCCGCGCCGUGCGGAAGCGGCGGCGGGGAAGAUGGCGGCGCCGGGGGAGCCGGGCGGGGAGGCGGCGUUCGCGCGGCGCAUCGACCCGGCGCGGGAGCCGGGGCUCAGCCCCGAUCAGCGCCGCCUUAUGGCGCAGGUGGAGCGCGCCCAGCGCCACCGCGCUCUGCAGCGGCGGCUCCGCGGCCGCAACGCGCUGCUGGCGCUCGGCGUCGGCGCGGUGGCGUUUGGCAUCUACGGCUACACCUUCUACUCGGUGUCGCAGGAGCGGUUCCUGGACGAGCUGGAGCAGGAGGCAGAGGCGGCGCGGGCGCGGGCACAGGCGCGGGCCGAGAGCGCGGCGAGCUGAGCGCGGCGGGCCCGGCCCCGGUGCACCCAGUCAGCGAGCUGCCGCUCCCGCGGGGCAGGACGGGCCUCGGGCACCGGGCGACCACCUGGCCCCUCGUGGGGCUCUGGGCGUGCACGGCGCUCGGUGUGCUCCAGGGUAGUGCACCGGGGGGGCUCCCCUGCAGGCAGGGCGUCCUCCCCUGCGGGCAGCCACCUUUCUCCUAGAGAGUGGCCAGGGACUUGCUCCUGGGAAGGGCAGGGGUGCCCAGGUGCCCAUCACUUUCCACAAUAAAUACCCUGUCUGGAGACUGUA